CUCCUCGUGCAGAACACAGACCCGGUCCAUGACAUGCUCCUGGACGUGAUCACCUGGGUGGGCAUCCUCCUGUCUCUGGUCUGCCUGCUCAUCAGCCUCUUCACCUUCUGCUUCUUCCGCGGCCUGCAGAGCGACCGUAACACCAUCCACAAGAACCUGUGCAUCAGCCUGUUCAUCGCAGAGUCUCUGUUCCUGGUGGGCAUCAACCGCGGGGACCAGCCGAUUGCUUGUGCGGUCUUCGCCGCCCUGCUGCACUUCUUCUUCUUGGCGGCCUUCACGUGGAUGUUCCUGGAGGGCGUGCAGCUCUACAUCAUGCUGGUGGAGGUGUUUGAGAGCGAGCACUCACGCAAGCGCUACUUCUACCUGGUGGGCUACGGGGUCCCCGCGCUAAUUGUGGCCGUUUCCGCUGCAGUGGACUAUCGGAGCUACGGGACCGACCGAAUAUGCUGGCUGCGCCUGGACACCUACUUCAUUUGGAGUUUCAUAGGACCGGCAACCUUGAUAAUUAUGCUGAACGUGAUCUUCCUCGGCAUCGCCCUCUACAAGAUGUUCCAUCACACGGCCAUCUUGAAACCAGACUCUGGUUGCCUGGACAACAUCAACUAUCAGGAUUAUGAACCUGAGAUCAAUUUACAAGACACUCAGGUGCGUAAGGAGUAUGGGAAAUGUCUGCGCACUCACUGCUGCAGCGGGAAAAGUGUGGACAGCUCCAUUGGCUCCGUGAAGGGAACGGCUUCUCGGGUCCCGGGACGUUACUCUACAGGCUCACAGAGCCGGAUCCGUCGGAUGUGGAACGACACAGUCAGAAAACAGUCUGAGUCCUCCUUCAUGACCGGAGACAUCAACAGCUCUGCUUCUCUCAACAGAGGGGCUAUGGCUAACCAUCUUAUACCUAAUGCACUCCUCCGUCCUCAUGGCACUAACAAUCCCUAUAACACAUUGCUUGGGGAAUCGGCAGUCUAUAACAACCCUCUGGGCAUGUACAACACACAAGAGCCCUACAGAGAGACAAAGGGAAUCCUGAACAAUGCCCGGGAUUCAAGUGUCAUGGAUACUCUACCACUGAAUGGUAACCACGGCAACAGCUACAGCAUCGCCAGCGCCGAGUACAUGAGCGAUUGCGUACAGAUCCUGGAGCGGGGCUACAACCACAAGGAGACCACCCUGGAGCAGAAGAUCCUCAAAGAGCUCACGUCCAACUACAUCCCCUCCUACCUCAACAACGCCGAGCACAACCGCAACCUCAUGAACAAACUGGUCAACAACGUGAGCAACGGGGGCAAGGAAGGGGGCUAA